UCAGCCACGAGCUGAGCUGAAUUGAACUGAACUGAACCACUCCCAUCAACAGCCCCACAUCUCUAAAUCAUCUGGCCGGAGCUUCUUUCUCCUCAUUCCCUCCUCCAAGCUCCGACUGUCAGAAACUCCAAUUGACACCCUACAAACCAGACCAGAAGUCCACACUCAAUCCUCCUCUACAAUCGCACCCAUCCCCAAGCCGCAGCAGCCUCCGCAAAACACCACCACCACAACCCCCCUACCAUGCCCCCAACCACACCUACACCAUCACCCAACCAUCCCUAAAACUCCCUCCCCAAAAUGACCACCCCAAAACUCAUCCAUACCCACCCCCUCCAACCCACCACCAGCACCAGCACAACCACCACCACAAACCCCCCCCUAACCAUCGACCUCCUCCUCACAACCCUCACCCGCACCAUCCUCCACCCCAUCCCCUCAUACAUUCUCCUCCUAUGCCUCCGCGCCCAAGCAACCCCUUACACUUCCCUCCCCUUCAUCAUCGCCAUCAUCUACUCCGCCCUCCUCACCCUCAUCUACAUCCUCGGCACACUCAACCACCAAUUAGCCUACGGGGCCCCGCGCACCGUCGAUCUCUCCAAUGAAGUGGUGGUCGUGACGGGCGGGGCGAGCGGGUUGGGUUUACUCAUUGCGAGGAUAUAUGCGCUGCGUGGCGCCUCCGUAGCGGUUUUGGAUGUUCGCGGGAUAUCGAAUGAUGAGGUCGAGGAGAUGGGGUUGGGGGGGUGUUUUGUUUGUGAUGUUUCGGAUAGGGGGGCUUUGGAGGGGGUGGUGGGGAGGGUUGGGGUGGAGUUGGGCACUCCUACCAUUUUGAUCCAUUGCGCAGCUGCAAGAAUCAACGGUCUACCCUUGCAACAGCUCUCUCCCGAGGCUUUCCAGAAAACUAUCAACACCAAUCUACUCGCCGCCGUUCAUGCCUAUCAGGUUUUCUUGCCGUAUAUGCUGGCUGCGCCGGACGGUGGGACUAUUGUCACGGUGAGUUCGGUGCUCGGGCAGCUGUGUGCGGCUGGCUUGGCGGAUUACUCGGCUAGUAAGGCUGGGUUGAGCGCGUUGCAUCGCUCGCUCGAGGCCGAACUUCGACAAUCCGGGGACGAUGCAAAAGUGAAGAUGGUUCUGGUGGAGCCGGGCCAGAUCUCAACGCCGCUGUUUGAAUCCGUCCAGACGCCCAACCGGUUCUUUGCCCCCGUGCUGGAGCCAGUCCAGGUCGCGCAGGCUAUUGUCUCGGCUGUCGACAGCGGCAGGGGUGGCGUGAUAAGGUUGCCUGCGUUUGCCAUGCUGGUGAACUGGUAUGCGGUGUUGCCGGCGAGCGUGCAGCGGUUGGCGCGGUACCUAAGCGGGAUUGAUGGCGCGGUAGCACAGGCGUCGUCCAAACCCGGCAGGGCUGGUUCGUCCAGCCAGCAGUUGCAGACGGAGUUGGAUCACGUGAAAGAGGACUGA